AUCACACAGGGCUGAGGUCCCAUCGUCAUCAUCUUCAUCCUCCUCCUCCCCACAGUCGAAGAUGGCGGACCCGGCCGAGUGCACCAUCAAAGUCAUGUGCCGUUUUCGGCCUUUAAACAGUUCGGAGGUGAUGCGAGGGGAUAAAUACAUCCCCAAAUUUCAAGGAGAAGAUAAUGUGGUCGUCGGGGGAAAGCCGUAUGUGUUUGACCGCGUGUUUCAGUCUAAUACUAGUCAGGAGCAGGUUUACAAUGCUUGUGCUCAGAAGAUUGUUAAAGAUGUGCUUGAAGGUUAUAAUGGUACAAUAUUUGCAUAUGGACAAACGUCCUCUGGAAAAACGCACACCAUGGAGGGUAACCUCCAUGAUCCAGAUGGCAUGGGCAUCAUUCCAAGGAUCGUCCAGGAUAUAUUCAACUACAUUUAUUCUAUGGAUGAAAAUCUGGAAUUCCAUAUUAAGGUCUCCUAUUUUGAGAUUUACCUGGACAAGAUCAGGGAUUUGCUGGAUGUGUCUAAGACCAAUCUGUCUGUACACGAAGACAAGAACAGAGUCCCUUAUGUGAAGGGUUGCACUGAACGGUUUGUGUGCAGCCCUGAUGAGGUCAUGGACACCAUAGAUGAAGGCAAAUCUAACAGACAUGUGGCCGUCACAAACAUGAAUGAGCACAGCUCCAGGAGUCACAGUAUCUUCCUAAUAAACGUCAAACAGGAGAACACGCAAACGGAGCAGAAACUCAGUGGCAAACUCUUCCUGGUGGAUUUAGCAGGAAGUGAAAAGGUCAGUAAAACUGGAGCGGAGGGCGCUGUGUUGGAUGAAGCCAAAAACAUCAAUAAAUCUCUGUCAUCUCUGGGUAACGUCAUCUCCGCUCUUGCUGAGGGUUCGACGUAUGUUCCCUACAGAGACAGUAAGAUGACAAGGAUUCUACAGGAUUCGCUGGGAGGAAAUUGUAGGACCACUAUUGUCAUCUGCUGCUCUCCUUCCUCAUUCAAUGAAGCUGAGACCAAAACCACACUCAUGUUUGGACAGAGAGCAAAGACCAUUAAGAACACAGUGACUGUAAAUGUGGAGCUGACAGCAGAGCAAUGGAAGAAGAAAUAUGAAAAGGAAAAAGAGAAGAACAAGACCCUGAGGAACACCAUCACCUGGCUGGAGAACGAGCUCAAUCGCUGGAGGAACGGUGAGAGCGUGCCUGCUGAAGAACAGUACGAUAAAGAGAAGGCAAACGCAGAAGUUCUAGCCUUGGAUAAUGUGGUGAAUAACGAUAAAUUUGCACCGUCUCCCAGCAUCCCCGGCUUAAAAUUGACUGACGCUGAGCGUGAGAAAUGUGAGGCUGAACUGGCCAAACUCUACAAACAGCUGGACGACAAGGAUGAUGAGAUAAAUCAGCAGUCUCAGCUGGCUGAGAAACUCAAGCAGCAGAUGUUGGAUCAGGAGGAGCUCCUUGCCUCAUCACGACGGGACCAUGAUAACCUGCAGGCGGAGCUCACCCGUUUGCAAAUGGAGAAUGAUGCUUCAAAAGAGGAGGUGAAGGAGGUCCUGCAGGCACUCGAGGAGCUCGCAGUCAACUAUGAUCAGAAGAGUCAAGAAGUGGAGGACAAGACAAAGGAGUUUGAGGCCUUGAGUGAAGAGCUGAAUCAAAAAUCUAGCAUUCUUGCGUCUAUCGACUCUGAGCUGCAGAAGCUAAAGGAAAUGACCAACCAUCAGAAGAAGAGAGUGACUGAGAUGAUGUCAUCAUUACUCAAAGAUCUGGCAGAGAUUGGCAUUGCCGUAGGCAGCAAUGACAUCAAGCAGCAUGAGGGUGGAGGUCUUAUUGAUGAAGAGUUCACAGUGGCUCGUCUCUACAUCAGUAAGAUGAAGUCAGAGGUGAAGACUCUCGUGAAGCGUAGCAAACAGCUGGAGAGCGCACAGACCGAGGGCAACAAAAAGAUGGACGAGAAUGAGAGAGAACUCGCUGCCUGCCAGCUGCAGAUCUCUCAGUAUGAAGCAAAGAUCAAGUCUCUGACAGAGUAUCUACAGAACGUAGAGCAAAAGAAGAGACAGCUGGAGGAGAACGUGGACUCUCUUAAUGAGGAGCUGGUCAAACUCAGUGCUCAGGAGAAAGUUCAUGCCAUGGAGAAGGAGAGUGAGAUACAAACUACUAAUGAAGUCAAGGCUGCGGUCGAGCAGCAGAUCCAGAACCACAGAGAAGCUCAUCAGAAACAGCUGAGCAGCCUGAGAGAUGAACUGGAGACCAAGGAAAGACUCAUCACUGAACUACAGGAUUUAAAUCAAAAGAUCAUGCUUGAGCAGGAACGUUUGAAGGUGGAGCACGAGAAGCUCAAAUCCACCGACCAGGAGAAGAGCCGCAAGCUACAUGACCUCACGGUGAUGCAGGACAGAAGAGAGCAGGCCAGGCAGGAUCUCAAAGGUCUGGAGGAGACAGUGGCCAAAGAGCUGCAGACUCUUCAUAACCUAAGAAAACUCUUUGUUCAAGAUCUGGCCACACGGGUCAAGAAGAGUGCUGAGAUGGAUUCUGAUGACACGGGUGGCAGCGCGGCCCAAAAGCAGAAGAUCUCCUUCCUUGAGAACAACCUGGAACAGCUCACUAAAGUCCAUAAGCAGCUGGUGCGCGAUAACGCAGACCUGCGCUGUGAGCUGCCGAAGCUGGAGAAGCGCCUACGGGCGACUGCGGAGCGCGUGAAGGCUUUGGAGUCUGCACUCAAAGAGGCCAAAGAGAACGCGGCUCGUGAUCGCAAACGCUAUCAGCAGGAAGUGGACCGCAUCAAAGAGGCUGUCAGAGCCAAGAACAUGGCCCGCAGAGGACACUCGGCACAGAUCGCCAAGCCAAUCAGACCAGGCCAGCCCCCUGUCGCCUCUCCCACCCACCCCAAUGUCAACCGCCCUGGGGCAGGACUUUUCCAAAACAACCAAUCAGUGGGAAUCCGUGGAGGCGGAGUCAAGCAGUAAAAUAACUGUUGAAUGCUGAAUUUAACCCCAGUAGCUGAAGCCUUUAUCACCCUAAAAGCUGAGCAGGCAUUCCACAGCACGAGAUGGUUUAACAUAUGAAAAUGAAUAUAAGUAUAUAUGUGUAUGAAAAUACUGAAAUACUAUCCCUGUCUGGGCUGUACAGUUCAUUCUUAUCUCUUGUAUCUUCCCUUUGAAAAACUCUAAAAACAAACAAAAAAACAGGCUUUUUGCACCAGUGGACACGUGUGUAACUAGCGUGUAACUCUUCACUCCUGCACAGUAGGUUUCUGUUCACAUACAGCUCUCCACGUUCCUCACUGUGCCAAGUUGAAUGUAUUACGAAUUUACUCAAGAAAAUAGGCAGAAAUGAAUGAAUAUGGUCAAAUGUAAAAAAAAGAUGAAUUCUAGCUUUUAGCCUUAUUUAUGUGUUUAAAUUUUAGAGAGAUGGCUUGUUCUGUCGUUUCUAUUCAACAUUUCACCUAAAUAAGUUAAACACUACAAUUGAAAUGUACAUAAGAAAAAAUGCAUUGUUUGUAAGAACACACAGGAGAAAUAAAUACAGAGCUGGUGAUAGGGUUGUGUGAUGACAGCUAAACAGAUGUAGUAAAAGAGAGCGAAAUGGCUGUUUAAUGUAGAUACUCCUACGCGUUGUACGAACACAAUUAUCAUUGAUGUGUAUAUUACAGCCUGAUGUGUUAGAUGAGACUACAUUAGGUGUAAAGAACUGUUAUACUAAUCUAAUGCCAUCUUUUUAUUUUAACGUUCGCAUCAGUUCUCAUAGAUUACAAAGUUUGUCGUAUUGCUAUAGCUGCUAUGUGGGUUUAAGAAAUCACUUCUUUUAUGGAUUCUUAAUAAUCAUGUGGAUUUGUAGAUCUACCUAAAAUAUGCUCAGAGGGGAAUGACUUAAUUUAGAAACGGCAAUGUUUUCACUAAUGGUUUUAGGCAGGGGACCUUGCAGUUAACUUGAAGGAAUAGUUCAAAUUUCAAAUGUCAUUAUUUAUUCACUUUAAUGUCGUUCCUGAACCGUAUGACUGACUUCUAUCCUAGGAGCCCCAUAAAGAAAUGCUUCUGAAGUGAUUUGAUAUCUUUACGCGAUGUCCAACUCCAAAUUUAGGUCACUAUUUGCAGCCAAAGUCACCAUAGUUGAAUCCUAUUUGCACACUCAAUUCAAACAACAGACUAUAAUAAAGAUGGAUUACGUGUUUGCAAAGAUUUCCAUUGUAGAAAGAUGAAGUCAAAAUAUGUUUUUUUUUUUUGUGAUCUGCGAUAUCAAGGUCCCACCUAUAUUCCUGUUUGACUCAAUCACAGGCGCACAAAGCAUAUCAUCACACCCCUUUUUAAUAGCGUCUUAUAAUUAAACAUGCGAACACUUAAAGGUACAUCAGCGUGAUAAGAAAUGACUAAAAUAACAGAAUCCAUCUUUAGGAAAAAUUUAUUUGAAGUUUAAAUUCAUAUUUAAGUUACAUGGAAAGGGGCGGGGCUUUUUACCUAGACUGCAGCCAGCCACCAGGGGGCGAUCAAAAAUGUUUUGGCUUCACUUUUUCAGGACCUGAUUCAAACAGGUUGUGGCUUGAACGGAUACAGCUAAAGUCAAAAUCUUGUGAAAUCUUGCUGGAUGAGCGCUGUUGUCAUCUUAAUUCUAACCCUAAACCCAACAUUUCAAUAGAUGUAAACCGUAGCCAUAUCCUAUCUAGCCUGAACCGCUGUUUUUCAUCCUAAUCCUACCCUCAAACCUAACCCUAAACCUGAUUCAAACAGGUUGUGGCUAGAAGGGGUACAGCUAUGACCAAAGUGAAAUCUUUCCGGAUGUGCGAUGUUGUCAUCUUAAUCCUAAACCCAACAUUUCAAUAGAUGUAAACCGUAGCCGUUUCCUAUCUAGCCUAAAUCUGUGUUUUUAAUCCCAAUCCUACCCCCAAACCUAACCUUAAACCCUUAUUCAAACAGGUUGUUGCGAGAAGAGAUACAGCUGCGAACAAAAUCUUGUGAAAUCUUGCUUGAUGAGCACUGUUGUCAUCUUAAUCCUAACCCUUAACCCAACAUUUCAACAGAUGUAAACCGUAGCUGUAUUCCAUCUAGCCUAAAACCGCUGUUUUUCAUCCUAAUCUUACCCUCAACUAACCCUAAACCUGAUUCAAACAGGUUGUGGCUAGAAGGGGUACAGCUACGACCAAAGUGAAAUCUUUCUGGAUGUGCGCUGUUGUCAUCUUAAUCCUAAACCCAACAUUUCAAUUGAUGUAAACCGUAGCCGUAUCCUAUCUAGCCUAAAUCUGUGUUUUUAAUCCCAGUCCUACCCCCAAACCAAACCUAACCUUAAACCCUUAUUCAAACAGGUUGUUGCUAGAAGAGAUACAGCUGCGAACAAAAUCUUGUGAAAUCUUGCUUGAUGAGCACUGUUGUCAUCUUAAUCUUAACCCUUAACCCAACAUUUCAACAGAUGUAAACCGUAGCUGUAUCCUAUCUAGCCUAAAACUGCUGAUUUUCAUCCUAAUCCUACCCCCAAACCUAACCCUAAACCGUGAUUCAAAUAGGUUGUGGCUAGAAGGGAUACAGCUACAGCCAAAGUGAAAUCUUGCUGGAUGAGCGCUGUUGUCAUCUUAAUCCCAACCCUAAACCCAACAUUUCAAUAGAUGUAAACCGUAGUUGUAUCCCAUCUAGCCUUAACCGCUGUUUUUCAUCCUAACCCUAAACCCUGAUUCAAACAUAUUGUGGCUAGAAGGGAUACAGCUACGACCUAAGUGAAGUCUUGCCGGAUGAGCGCUGUUGUCAUCUUAAUCCUAACUCUAAAUCUAACAUUUCAAUAGAUGUAAAAUGUUGCCGUAUCCUUUCUAGCUUAAACUGCUGUUUUUCAUCUUAAUCUUACCCCUAAACCCAACAUCUCGUGAAAUUUGGCUGUAGCUGUAUCCUGUCUAGCCUGAACCGCUGUUUUUCAUCCUACCCCCAAAUUUAACCCUAAACCUAACAUCUCACAAGACUUGGCUGUAGCUGUAUCCUCUCUAGCCAGAACCAUUCAAACAGGCACAUUCCCAAACCCAUUGAAAAAGAGCACUCUGGACAUUCUGCAAGAUAUCUUCCAAAAAUAAAGUAAGUCAUACGGGUUUAGAUAUACAUGAGGGUAAAUUAAAUGGAUGUUUGAUUGUGGAAGCGAUCGUGUGUCAGAGCGAUGUAGAAAUUUUGUUAUUGGUUGUAGGUUUAGCAUUAUUUAGUUUUGCUGGGAGUGAGGUUUGUGCAAUGGUCAGCCAGCCAUUGAAGUCACUAUAUACCUCCACUUCUGCAUUUACACUGUAUAUGAUUUUAGUUGGCUCUUUGGUGCAGUGUAGUCUAGCAGGGUCCAUCAUUUAAAGUCCUGUUUUUUGAGAAUGCUGAUCGAUUUGAAAAGGUGCAAACAACCUGGGGUUGCCUCGUGUUUGCUUUUAGAGCUACUGAUUGGUUCUCCAUUCUCACGGUUCUAGCGCUUUCCAUUCAAUACAACAUAACUGCCUUGGGUAGUGUUUAGGGGCGGGGCCUAUUUAACAAUGGGUGGGGUUUAUUUAAUCCAUUUUAGGUCAUGUUUUCAUUUUAAUGUACUAGGUAAUAUUGUUUUAUUUAUUUCUGUUUUUAUAGACUAGAUAUUUUGCUUUUAAUUUGUUUUGUUUUCUUGUGUGUUUUUUUAUAAGUCUGCAAUGUCAUUUUCUUACGAAAGUAUGUGUAGAUUCCAAUGUACUUUUUUUCAUUGUAAAUUGGAUCCAAAUCCUACUAGGUGUCCUGUGUAAAUUACUGUAGUAGCAGAGGGGAUAUCGAGGAUGGAGUUUUAAGACCUUUUGUGUGCAAUAUGAAUCUGGUAUAGUUCAAGUUUCGCAGUACUGAAGAUAAAGUCAUUGAAACCACACUCGGCAGUCCUUCAAUUUUAUAUUUGUUUGAUGCUCGUGUGUUUAGCAGUUGUGUCGUCGCAAAACUUAAUCUUUUAAAAGCACUUUACAAUGUACCAUCUCUAUUGAAAACCGCACUUGAAAAUUUGCAUCUCAAACAUUAAAUUUAUCAAAUUGCAUUUUAUAAUUAUUAUCACUGAAGAACUACGUCAUAUGUUUUGAAGAAUGUUGUUUUUCGUUGUUUUUUUUGCCUUGAAUCUGCAUUAUUUUUUAACAGUUGCUGAGAAACACUCCAUUUAAAUGGCUCUAAUGAAAAGACUUGAUGGUUAAAGGAUGGUCAAAUGUGUACAGUUGGUUCUUCGAAGUGUGUAGACUGAAUUGCUGUGUGUAUAUUUCCUUCGGUUGCUUACUCUAUAGGUUUUCACCCCUUGACAUGAAAUGCAAAUAAAGUAUAGGGUAAACA